AGAUGUGUGUUGUGUGGUUGUGCGUGCUGGUUUGGGGGGUCACGAAUGUUGGGGCUAGUGAGUUUCCUGAGAGAGAAUGCUGCGAUCCAGUGUACCCUCCGGCUACAGCGACCACUGCGUCGCCGCCGGUCACCCACCCCGUUGGCAAGAUCGCAGGGCCGGGUAUAAAAGGCACUAUGGCCAUCCUCAACUGCCUUCUGGCUCGACAACUCUGCUUCGAAGACGCUUCGUGCUCCGCUAUCUUGGAAAUAAUACCGCGUGUCUGUGGAUCUGAAUUGGUUGCCUGCUCAACUGUGACUGUGACGAAAUGCCAAGCCGCUCUGAGGACCCUGCAAGCCUUCCCGUUCUUUAAGCCGACCUGCCUCUGUCGGGAACCGAACGUCGAUCCUGAGUGCAACUCGUUCCGCGACUUUCUUUUUGACCAUCCCUGCGUGUUUGUUAUGAAGAAGGAGAAAGACCCGUACCCAGUGGAAACGUUACCAACCUGCACAUACGCUCUGAGUGUCUGCCACAACGAGAAAGCUUGCUCUGUACUUUUUGAUCGCUUCAAGAACGCGUGCAAAGCCAGGGAUGGUGAAUGUCGUAUGGAGGAUAGGGAGGCAUGUCGCGAAGCCUGGGCAGGUUUGCGUUUGUCCCCACUCUUCGGAUGCAUUUGCCCAAACACCCACAUGAAGAAACGAUGCGACAGAAUCUUUGCGGUUGUAAACCAUAACCCCUGCGUUGUAAAGCUGAUGUCGGAUGGACGAAAUGCAAAUCGGAACACGACAGGCGUGACAUCAUGGAUUGGCGGUAUGUCGAUAACGCAGGACGGCAACCUAAUCGCUCCGGACAAAAUAAUGAGUCACGUCCAUCGCUAUACGAGCCCACACUACAAACCCCACGGCCAUCAUUACCACCGCUGGAACCAUGAGCCGGGGGGGAGCGAAGACCCACUUUACGCGACCAAGACUGUCUACGGACCGGGAUAUAUCGAUGAAAACCAGAGGAUUGGGAAGGAAAACGGUAAAGCAGGUGACGACAAGGCGGCGCUGCAGUCUACAUGUCAUGUGGCCCUAGACACCUGCAUCAAGGACAGCGAGUGUGUAGGCUCCCUGACGCCUGUGCUGCAGAAGUGCCAUUCUACUGACUGCGACCGCGAGGGGUGCAUGGCGGCUUUACGCAACUUCUAUAGGAAACCUGGCGUACAUUGGAAUACGGAAAUCGCGUUUUGCUUGUGCAAGAAAACGGAUAACAAGGAGGAUUCGUGUAUGAACGCGCAAGAGAGACUCCACCCCUCUUGCGCCCAACGGCCUCCCGUCGGUUCACCGCUGCCGGCUUGUCACACGCUGGCGCACACAUGCCGAGAGGACCCGGAGUGCAGAAUCCGCCUCGAGAAUUACGAGCAAUGGUGUGCGGUGGACGCAGUGACGCAGGGCUGCGCAGGCGCGCCGGCCGCGUGCCGCGCCGCCGUGGUGGCCGUGCUCGGCACGCAGCUGCGCGCCGCUUGCGCUUGCAGGGGGACUGACUUCGCGCAACUGUACGACUGCCUCGGCUGGCAGAGGCUGUUGUGGCUGAAUCCUUGUGUUGUGGAAUCUCAAAGCGACUAUCACGUCAAGACCUACGGGCCCCUACUCACCACGACCCCCUUCGACAACGGCAUCCGCUACAUCACAGUAGCGCCCGAGCCCGCUACCCACCACCGCACCACCACGCACCACCGUCACACCACUCAGCAUGUAACUCUGGACCUGCCCAAAGCCGAAGUUCGCCAGGAAACUCGGGAAGAGCUAAGCCCCAUAACGACCAUGUCCGAACAAACAGUAGGUCCCAAUGAAAUCGCCCAAAUCUCGGAGCCAGUGAUUGUUACGACCACGGAGACAACUUCCACGUCCACAACCACUACAACAACGACCACUACCACGACCACAACCACGACCACGCCAAAACCUACCACCUUGGAGCCCGCGAAGUACUGCGUUGUGAAGAAACCAGAGAGCGAUGAUAAGGAACAGAUAAUCAGGAUGGGAGAAACUAGACGGCUGUACCGGUCGGCGGAGCUGGCGGAGUGCACGGACCUGUGCGUGUGCGAGGCGUCGCUGCAGGUGUCGUGCAAGGUGGCGUGCGUGCCGCGCGCGCCGUGCUCCAGCCGCCUGGCGCACUACUCGCACGCGGCGCCCGCCUACCAGGCCUACCGCGGCCGCUGCUACUGCUACUCCGGCUCCUUCAUCUGCAUGCGCCCCAACCCGGGCGAGUACCGUCUGCCGGAGGGCGUGUACCUGCUGCUGGGGUUCAGCGCGGUGGACGAGUCGCUGCUGCGGCCGCACACGGGGCUGGGCGCGGAGGACGCCGUGCGCCUGCUGCAGCAGUACAUGCACCACCUCACCCGCGACCAGACAAACUGCACAUUGACUCUAUUCAACAUCAGCAACGAAAAUGUGAUUAUAUCCGCGAGCGUCCCUCCCAAAGAGCAAGAAAUACUUAAAGAAGCUGGAGACGAUCUUUUGGAUAAAGAAAAGGAGGCUUGCAUUGAUGUAUUGAAGAUCGUGAAAUCGCGAAUCAACUCCCAGCACGAGGACAUCUCCUCCCACUUGCUCCUUUCCAUCUUCAAGAUUGCCGAAGUGGACGUGGUUUACCCCACACCACCCAGCUCCAACGUCUCUCACAUCACCCCAAAUAAAAUGUUAUAUAUCGUUAUUAUCUUCAUUACUAUCAUCUAUAAUUUUAAUUUUACCUUCACACACUUUCUCAAAAAUAUCGUCAAUUGUUUCUCGAAUUUACACAACUCUAGGAUUAGUAAAUUGGAACGAAACUCUUCACAAAUCGUUCCUUUCUCAAAGAGUUAUAUUAUAGAAGAUUUUUUAUCUAUUUUGAAAUGUUACGAUGAAUUUAUUGAUAUUAGUGACGUAGUCGUUGUGAAUUAUGGAGAUAUCUCGCACGAUGCACUCGCUUUAGAUAAAGCACAAACACACAUCACAAAUUAUAUAGACGUAAGAGAUAUAGAUGUAUAUAACGUUAAGGAAACGAAACAUAUCGUAAAAGCUGUGAGUAUUACAAUAUAUACUUUUAAUGAACUUGUUGCUGAUGCAAUUAUACCUAAAUAUUUUUCUAGAGAUUAUAUUGGAUGUACUAUUGUUUCGGAGAUGCUUUUCGGUGAGUUCUUUUUUGAAAAAAUCGCGUCCUUUUCUUAUGGGAUUGUGAAAUCCGUUAGCUUAGGACUAACUCUAGUAGUAGUAUGAAGACUGAGAUGAACUAAACAUAUCAUUAGUUAAGUGUAUUUCGUUUAUUUUCGACUUAGAACUGGUGCUUGUAGGAGGAUCUUAAGGCUGGGUUUUGUAAAUAAAUAUACUACGCCUUUUACACUAUUAGAAUUCUGUUCCAGCUCUGAUAGUGCUAGAUGAUUUUUGAUGCAAACGAGUGCGGUUAACUAUGCACCUUCAUAUUUAUUUAAAUCUCAAUAACAACUUCAAAAUAUGGUUGUUUAUUGAGGCUUCUGAUUUCUAACUAAACUCAGCGUUAUUGUGAAAUGUCGAAGGUUCAAAACUUGGAAUCGAUCAAAAUGUAUGUAAUAUGACAUUUACUAAUUGAGCCCCAAUCGUGUUU